AUGAAGCCGACAGCAAAUACAACAGGUGUAAACUGCACAGACAUCUCAGAAUUCAUCAUGCUGGGCUUUGGAAGCUUCCAUGAUUUACAGUUCCUUCUUUUCCUGGUGUUUCUGGCGAUCUAUAUAAUAACUAUUGCAGGAAACCUCACAAUUUGUUUCCUGGUUGUGUCCAGUUCACAUCUUCACACUCCCAUGUACUUCUUCUUGGGAAACUUGUCCUGUAUGGAGACUUUCUACAGCUCAGUCAUCUUGCCCAGGAUGCUAACUAGUUUAUUAACUGGGGACAGGGCCAUUUCAGUUAAGGGUUGUGUGGUUCAAUUAUAUCUCUUUGGAUUUCUGGUGUGCACUGAAUGUUACCUGUUAGCUGUGAUGUCUUACGAUCGAUACCUAGCAGUUUGCCAACCACUGCAUUAUGGAGCCCUAAUGAAUGACAAGUUCUGUCUCAAGCUCGCAGCUGGUUCUUGGUUAUGUGCACUGCUGCCAAUUAGUAUAAUAGUAAUUGUGAUGUCCUCUUUACAUUUCUGUGGUCCAGCUGACAUAGACCAUUUCUUUUGUGAUUUCCCUGCUUUCAUAAAACUUGCCUCCGGAGACACACAGUUGGUUCAGCUUUUAGCUUUUGUACUUUCAGCAAUAGAUACUCUUCCCCCAUUUGUUUUAACCCUGACAUCCUAUUUUCAUAUCAUUGCUACCAUCCUGAGAAUCCCAUCAACCACAGGGAGGAAGAAGGCAUUUUCCACCUGUUCCUCACACCUCACUGUGGUUACCAUUUUCUAUGGAACCUUAAUGGCUGUAUACGUUUUACCAAAAAGUGAAACUUGGAGUGACAUGAACAAAAUAUCUUCUCUCUUUUAUACUGUCCUGACUCCCAUGGUCAAUCCACUUAUCUACAGUCUGAGAAACAAAGAGGUAAAAGAAAGUCUGAGAAGAUGGAUCAACAACUUGCUAGCUUUCCAGAAACUCUGA